AUGAGCUAUCGCAACUGGCACUCGCCGGCAGCAAGGUCCCUCGCGCCGGCGCCCUACGCGGCGAACUGGAUCGCGGCUCGUCGUACUACUUACAACCCGUACACUCCUCGCCGCGUCCCGCAUCACAACGCCUACGCUACACCGAUGGACCGCGGCAGGCACCGCUACGGCUCGUCGCCCGAGCGCACUGCCCGCGGUGCAAGGCGCGGAUACCCGUCCGACGCUGACGAGGACGAGGGCGGCUACACCUCAGAAACCGACGACACGGCCACGCUCACGGGCAACACCGGAGACACGGACGACAACACGACCCUCGCGGGGGACAGCACCGACACGCGCGACGAGGCCGCCGCCUCGCUCGCCGUCGACAGCGACUAUAUGGAGGUGGACGAAGACCUGCCCGUCUACCGCUCUCACUAUGUCCUGCCGCCGCUCGACCUGCCCGACCUCUCAGAGGUCCCAUACCACGCGCACCACGCGCGCCACCAUGGCCACCACAUUGCGCGGCGCGACGGGCCGCAUCAUUCCGCUCCGGCCCGCUACAACGCGCCCAUUAAGGUCAAGAAGCGCGCCCGGCCCGUGAGGAGCCUGUUUGAGCGCCUCGGCGUUCCUCUCGCCGAGCGCAUCGGCCCCGCGCCGCACAACCACAGGCCAUACCAUCGCGUCCGCAAGCAGGGUCCCCGUCGUGGCUAUCCUCGUCACCCUCUCAGCAAGCCAGUCAAGUCACCGCACGCGGCCAAGCCGCCGCAGCCCCACACUGUCCGCGCGGACCCCAUUGGCCGUAUGGGCCGCAGCGAAUUCCUCGCGCUCCUUGCUCGCGUCGGCCCGAUCGCGAGCCACUCUUGGGACGGCGGGCACGUCGUUGCGCGCUUCAAGAACGACGGGGACGCCCAGGACGCAGUCCAGACGUGUAAGUGUGACUUUGUGGCGCUGCUGACCUCCCAGUCAACUAUGUUGAGUUUGAGCGCGGUAGGGCGCCCCGAGAAGCUGCUGCUGACCUACAGGAACUUGGACUAA